GUGUUUCAUUAUCUGGUUCAUGUUGUACACAGUGCCGGUGGAGAAGGCGACUCACCUGGGCAAUCUUCCUUUAUCAACACAGCAGUGGGCUUGGAUUGGAUAUUUGUGAGGUGUUAGUGUGAGAGUGACAGUAAGACACCAAGAUGCCUCGUCGGGGGUCAGCAGCUCCUCGUGCACCGCCCAGGCGUGCCGCUCCUCCUCCUCCACCCCCCAGAGCAGCCCCACCACCACAUGCAGCUGCUCCACCACCACCUGCAGCUGCUCCGCCACCACAUGCAGCUGCUCCGCCACCGCCUGCAGCUGCUGCUCCUAAACAACCUGGUCUGUUUGCACAGAUGGCUGCUACUGCAGGUGGUGUUGCUGUUGGAUCAGCUGUGGGUCAUGUGGUUGGUCAUGCAUUAACAAGUGGUGGUGGCAGCAGCAGCAGCAAUUCUGACCAGCCACAGCAGGCUGCCCCAGCACAGCCCCAGGCCUACUCACAGCCACAGGGCUACCCACAAUACCAAGGGUAUCCUCAACAGAGUGGUCCCAGUGAACCACAAGGACCGUGUGCAUGGGAGAUCAAGCAGUUCCUGCAAUGUGCUCAGACACAGUCUGAUGUAUCUGUAUGUGAAGGUUUUAAUGAGGCGUUACGACAGUGUAAAGCUCAACUCUCCCAGAUGACUGCUUAGAUUUGUAUUGUGCCACAUCAUGUACAGGAAUAUGCAGCCGCACACAUUGUGGUCGAGUUUUAUUUGAAUUGUACAGUUACCCAACAUUUCUGAAUAUAAAAUAUGAUGUUCAAUAAUGAAUUUUUGAACCAUAAGUGCAGUAUCAUUGUACAGUCCUAGCCAAGUUUUUUAUAGAUAAUGUAAUGAUUGAGUCGACAAUUGCUGCGUAAUUAAGUUACUUGUGUAUGUUAGACCUUAAUUGUUUCUCUGGAAGAUGACCUCGCUACCAGAACAAAUAAAAUAUUUUAUGUAA